UUUUCUAAACUCAAACCUUCACAACCCACCACCGUGCUCAUCCAUGGAGGACGACCAAGAGACGCGUCUGUCGCAGAAAAUCGCAGCGAUUCUCGACGACGCUCGAACCUCACUCGCCACGCACAACCGAAAGCUCAAGGAACUAACCCUCCUCCGAUCCAAGUCCCCUUCCCCUUCCCAUUUCUUCUCCGCUUUCUCCAAAUCCCUCACCCCGCUCUUCAACUUCCAACGCCGCCUCGCCUCCGCUGACCGUGCCGUUGCGUUCGUCUCCUCCUUCGCCGCUGCCCGCCCUCCCGCUGACGCCUCCGCUUCCGACGAUUUCCUCGACCACUUCCUCAACUUCCUCCUCGUCGCCGCUGCCGCCGCCAACAAAACCGCCAGGUUCCGAGCCUGCCAGAUCGUCUCCGAGAUAAUAUUGUGGCUGCCAGAUGAUGCAGAAGUGAGCAAUGACCUAUGGGAUGAGGUGAUAGAUUGCAUGAUGGUGAGGAUGCGGGACAAGAUCCCUGUGGUGCGUACUUUUGCGAUUAGGGCGCUUUCGCGCUUUGUGAAUGACACCAGCAACAGUGACAUUCUUGAUUUGUUCCUUGAGCUGCUUCCCUUGGAACAGAAUGCGGAUGUUCGUAAGAUGAUUGUGUUAUCUUUGCCCCCUUCUAGUGCAACCUCUCAAGUUAUCAUUGAUUGCACCUUGGAUGUGAGUGAAUCCGUACGCAAAGCGGCAUACUGUGUUCUAGCUAAUAAGUUCCCUCUUCAUAGCUUAAGCAUUAAGCUCAGGACAGUUAUUCUUCGAAGCGGACUUGCUGACCGAUCUGUUGCUGUCUCAAAGGAAUGUUUUAAACUGUUGAAAGAUGAAUGGCUUAUAAAGUGCUGUAAUGGUGAUCCUUUACAGCUUUUGAAGUAUCUUGAUGUUGAAACCUAUGAAUCAGUGAGUGAGUCUGUCAUGGAAGCACUUCUAAAAGCUGGUUUAGUUAAACUACAGAAUGGUGCAAGUAUCCAACAGUAUAUUUCAUCAAAUGGUGACACGGCAGAAGGGGACUCAGUUGAUUGUCAACCAAGCAUUGAGCUGAUGGAAGCUGAGGCUGCUCUGUAUUGGAGAACUGUGUGCAAGCAUUUGCAAUCAAUAGCACAAGCCAUGGGCUCUGAUGCUGCAGCCACAACGGGCACUGAAGCAGAAGUGUAUGCAGCAGAAGCAACAGAUACAAAUGACCUUCUAGAAAAAAUUCUUCCUGCAACAGUUGAUGAAUAUAUAGAGUUGAUUAGAGCUCAUAUCAAUGCUGGAUCAAACCAUCGUUUUGCAUCCCGGCAGCUGCUUUUGCUUGGGGCUAUGUUUGAUUUUUCUGACGCAACAAAUAGGAAGACUGCUAGUGCAUUUCUGCAGGAGCUGAUGAGGAAGCCUCCAGAGCAUGAGAUUGAUAAUGAAGGAAAUGUUGUUGUUAUUGGAGAUGGGUUAAGUUUUGGUGGAGACAAUGAUUGGGCUGAAGCUGUAGCGAGAUUGGCAAGGAAAGUUCAUGGUGCUUCUGGUGAAUUUGAAGAAGCUGUUCUUGCAAUCGUAGAAGAGCUGGCUCAACCUUGCAGGGAGAGAACAGCUGAUUAUGUGCAAUGGAUGCACAGCCUUUCACUUUCUGGCCUUUUACUUAAAAAUGCAGUGUCAUUGCGGUUUCUUCAGGGCAAGGCUAUUGGAGCAGAUGAUCUACUCCAAUCUUUACUACUUCCAGGGGCAAAACAAUCUCACUUGGACGUGCAAAGGAUUGCUGUCAGAUGUCUUGGCCUUUUUGGGCUUUUGGAAAGGAAACCUAGUGCAGAACUAUUGAAACAGCUGAGGACUUCAUAUAUCCAAGGGCCACAUUCAAUCAGUAUAGAGGCCUCUAAAGCAUUGAUUGAUCUUGUAAUGUGGCAUGGUCCUCAAGAGGUUGAUAGGGUUUUAAAGCACACUAUUCCGGGCCAAAUAAAUUGUGACAAGAAAAGUUUUUGUCCUGUGAACUUCUCUGAUUUAGAAGGGGAUUUGAAUGUUGAAACGCUUGAUAUCUUAUAUGGUGGCUUUGAAAAUGAUGACUGGGUUAGUCCUUCAACGAGUAAUGAUGAUGAAUGCAUUAAUGCGGUACUUGGAGAAGGGUUUGCCAAAAUUCUUCUUCUAAGCGACAACUAUCCAAGCAUACAUGCCUCUUUGCAUCCUGUGCUUUUAUCCAAGAUCAUUUACUUGUACUUCAGUGAUGUGUCGGAACACCUGUACAGGUUGAAGCAAUGCUUAUCUGUUUUCUUUGAGCACUACCCAUGUCUUUCAGUCAAUCAUAAGAGGUGCAUAUCAAAGGCCUUCAUUCCAGUAAUGCGUUCAAUGUGGCCAGGAAUUUUCGGCAACUCCAGUGGUUCUUCUUUUGUGGUGUCUCAGAUGCGUAAGCGUGCUGUUCAAGCUUCACGUUUUAUGUUGCAGAUGCUGCAGAUUCCUUUAUACAUUAAAGAGACUCAACCAGAGAGUGAAAAUACUAAUACGGAGCAGCCACAAGUUAUAGAUAGUUGUGCUGAAGUUCCAUUUGAGUGUGGUGAAGAGGGGCUUGCGCUUCGCAUAGCCAUAGAGGUGGCAAGCUUUCACUCGAAGAAGACAGCUGCUGAGAAGUCAUAUGUGUCAGCAUUAUGCAGAAUACUUGUCUUGCUUCAUUUUCGGUUGUCUGAACAAGGGCCAAUAAAAAUUAUGAGGAAACUCCUAUGUCGCAUGGUUCAAUGUGUAUCUUCAGAGAAGGAUCUUGUUAAAGAAUUGACCCGCAUGGCUGACCAUCUCAUCACAGUCGAUAGACAACCAGAUCAGGAUUUGUUGCAAGAUGAAGUUAAUCUCAUUUUGGGGAAAUUGGAAAUUGACUUCAACCUGGAUUUGGAUAGUUCUGCUACAAUUCCACAAACACCAGCUGUACCCCCAACCAGACCUGCGCGUUCUAGGAGAAGGGUUAGGAUUGAGGAAGAUAGUUCUUCUGAUGAAGAAGUUUCACCUGUUUCUGUGGUUCCUACAACCAAUCAGACUGUUAAAAGUCGUUCACAGAGAGCAAGCAAAACUGCAGCAAUGAGCAAGAUGAUGUCUUCUGCCAGGAAAUCACUCAAAAUCGAUGAAGUUGACGAGGAAGAGGAAGAGGAAGAGGAAGAGGAAGAGGAAGAGGAAGAGGAAGAAGACUCUGGUGUGACAUCUGAAGAUUCUGAUGAAUCGGAUCAAUAAAAUUAGAUAUGUGCUUGACAUGUUAGAUCUAAUGGCCCUUGCUUUGUAAUUUUCUUAAUCUAUAUUGUAUUGUUCUGAUUAUAUGUAUUGCAGAUUUUGUACAGAAGAGCAGGUCAGUAUAGUUCAGCUUGCAUUCUUGCAAGCCAUAGGGUAUUAUUAUUAGUAUUGUAAUGAGUUGGAGUGAAUGAAAUUCUUGUCCAGCAAUUGCUGGCGACUCUACUGUCUAUCUUUUUAUUCUUCUAUGGCCUAGUAACACUUUCUUCUGACAAAAUAUAUUUAAAUUACUGUUUUCUA